ACUAGCGUUUCAAGAUAUGAUGUCAACAUUUUUUACAGUAAUCAAUCUGAUAGAUAAUCUAUGUAUCCCCUCUAAAUGAAAGUUUUCUGAAACCUGGUGUUGAAUGCCUAUUCUUUAUUUGUAUUGAAAAGUUCCAAUUGUAUCACCAGAUUCGUGUUAAUGUCUCCAUGCGGAGCCUCGUAUCUGCCAUGUUGCCUUUGUUUUGCUGGGCCAGGUGGGAGAAGAGGAUUGCGAAGAAAGACGAGAAGGAAGGAAGGAACGAAGCUUUCUCCCGCGCGCUUGGGGCUUGAAUCACCCCGGAAAGGCGGGAUCGCGGCUCCAGAAUUCCGCUAGGAACCUACCAGAGAGAGAGUCCUGCUAUGCGGACUGCAGGACGCAGGCAUUUCUAUUGGAUGGAAAAACCUGGAGUGACUCAAGACCGAGGAAUGGCACGAGAAAGCUAGUAGAACUUGAGAAAGAAACCUGUUCCUUUUUUAGAAAGGGGACCCCAUGUAUUGUUUGAAGGCACUUUGACCUGUGACCCACUGGUAUAAAACUACACCAGGGUUGAGCACAAAGGUUGCUAAGGUGGAAGACCCAGGAAUGGCAGAGAAAAGCUAGAAGUUCUGAAAGAAACCUGCUCCUUUUUGUAAAGAGGUACCCCCUGGUGUUUGAAGGAACUUCAACCUGUGACCUACCAGCAUAAACUACACCAGUGGUGAGCACAAGGGUCGUGAAGGGAGAGGGGUGAUCCUCGGGAACAAUGGACUUCAUGUUCGCUGGGGGAGAGUGGGACGAGGGGGAGAGAUUCUCCUUCGAGGACAGCGACCGUUUUGAGGAGGACUCGCUGUGUUCAUGGAUUAGCGAGCCAGAGAGCCUGUGUAACAACUGGAGAGGGUGGAAGAGGCAGAAUGGCAACCAGGGAUCUCUGUCAGCACAGGAGGGCCCUGUGGUCCCUUUGGUUGAGUUGUCUGCCAGGCAGGUGGCGCAGCACAUUCCAUUUGAGGUGGUGGAGCGAGUUUAUCCGCCUGUCCCGGAGCAACUGCAGCUCCGCAUCGCCUUCUGGAGCUUCCCUGAGAACGAGGAGGAUAUCAGGCUGUACUCCUGCCUGGCAAACGGCAGUGCCGAUGAGUUCCAGAAGGGGGAGCACCUGCUGAAGGCCAGGGCAGUCAAGGAGGCCCUACAGAUAGGUUUCCAUCUUAGUGCGACAGUAGUACCUCCACAGGGCCUACCCCAGCCUAAGGGUUCGUUCAACGUAGCGGUGGUGUUUGACCGCCGGCGGAUCACAGCCUGCAGCUGCACGUGUAACAGCACCGCCAAGUGGUGCGCACACGUCGUCUCGCUGUGCCUCUUCAGGAUCCACAAUGCUGGUGCGGUGUGUCUGCGGGCGCCAGUAUCGGAGUCAUUGUCUCGUCUCCACCGAGACCAGCUGCAGAAGUUUGCUCAGUACCUCAUCAGCGAGCUUCCUCAGCAGAUCCUCCCCACUGCACAGCGUCUGUUGGACGAGCUCCUGUCGUCCCAGGAGACGGCCAUCAACACCGUCUGCGGCGCGCCAGACCCGACCGCGGGGCCGUCGGCUAACGACCUGCCCACCUGGUUCCUGGACGAACAGACGCUGCACGAGAACAUCAAGAAGAUGCUGAUCCGAUUCUGUGGACCAGCUCCGAUUGUGUUCAGUGAUGUGAACUCGUUGUACCUGUCGACCACGGCACCGCCCGCUGCUGCAGAGUGGUCGAACCUGCUGCGCCCGUUACGUGGCCGCGAACCGGAGGGAAUGUGGAACCUCCUGUCCAUCGUGAGGGAGAUGUUCCGCCGCCGUGACAGUAACGCCAUCCCCCUGCUGGAGAUCCUUACUGAGGAGUGUAUAGGCUGUGAUCAGAUUGUGAUCUGGUGGUUUAACACCCGGACGACCGAGGCGCACGGCUCCACCCACAGUAACCGUGCCACCAGCAACAACAGCAGUGCCAACAUCUCCCAGCAUGGGGCAGCAGGACUGUGUGAUGAGUUAGUGGUGCUCUGGAGACUGGCUGUGUUAAACCCUGCACUGAAGGCCUUUGACAGGUGGGAGAUGGAGCACCAGCUGAAGCAGUGGCACGUGUUUGUGGUGGACAAGGCACGGAAAAGUCGCGGCGGCAACAACGCCAUCACGCCAUUUGACAUCGAAGUCUUCCCGGGCUUCAAGCCUGCCAUCGAGGCCUGCCAGGUGGGUUGGGAGGAUUUCCCGCUGGAGAACGUUCCGCACCUGGACGUCACGCUGCGCGACCGCGAGAAGCGCUCGAUAGGAAUCCCGAACGAGGACAUGGGUGUGUUCCUGUCCAUGAGUGCUCAGCUGGCAGAGUGUGCGUUCAGACAGGGAGUCGCGAUGUCCGCCCAGGUCGGUACUCAAACUGUUAGUGUACAGAAGGACUCGCACCGAGCUCAGGAGGAAAAAAGGCAGGAGAGAAGAGUCAGUGCUGACGAGGCCGUGGACGAGGGCGUACCCACGCUGGACACCUCGUUUUCCGAACUCCAAGAUGGAGACAAUUCUCUCGACCUUGAGGAAAGUGACCUCCCACCUCAAGACGAAUCAUCCGCUUCCAAAUCAGGGACUACGGAGGUUGAGGGAGCCGUCGCUGCCACAGUCAGUGCGACUGUAAAAUCUCAGGAAUCAAUUUCAGGAGCUGACUUAAAUGGGACGGAAGCCAGCUCUGCGUUGGCACCCUCGCAUUCAGAAGCUGUGGAUAGUAGUAGUGAUUUUGAUCAUGUUCCAUCCUCAGGUGUAAACAGGACUCCGCAUUUGCCCCCCGCUGAUUCAAGCUGCAUUUCAGAUGAGACUGACAGCAGCUCAGAUUUGCAGCCGGCAGAUUCAGCAAGGACUAGCAAAUCAAAGCUGCAGGCGAAACUGACAAAGUCGCCAGACAAGUCCCCCCAAAGAACAGUCCGCAGGAAACCAAAACAGAAACCACUGAAGUCAGAUUCAGACCUGUCGAAUAAUGCCAGCAGCUCUCCCUCAGACGAGGUGGAUUCUGAUUGGAUGAAUGACUCCAAUAUCCAUGGCAACAAUGUGGUUGGCAGUGCCAGAGAGCAGGGGAUUGGUCCAGAUGAGUACCAGAUGUAUUACUAUGAUACCAGUGCUCUCACUCCAAGGAAGCCCAAACCUCCCAAGGAACAGGGAGACAACUACUUCGCUGGUCUUAAGGUGAUAGACGACCCACUAGAGAUCCUGUACUGCCAGGCGGAGGCCCUCCAUGCUCACGGCUACACCAGGGAAGCCUGUCAGCUGGCCAAGGAGCUGGCCAUGCAGAUGUUGGCAAGUCCCCCUAUUCCAUCAGGGCAUUCCACAACAUCAUGCAGAAGCCGGCACUGCCCCUCCGGCAUGACUUGCACCUUUGCGAGCACCACGCUGGCCAAGGCUGCCUUCCUGUGCAGCGUGCUGCUGGAACAGGCCGACUGCCACACCCUGGCCUUCCAGGUCGGACUGUUCGGACUGGAGAUGCCUCGCCUGCCUGCCUGCAGCAAGACUCUGGAGGUCAAACUGGCCAAUCAGGAGUCAGAGCUGGUGGGUCUGCUGAAGAAGAUCCCGCUGGGUCCGGUGGAGAUGGACAUGGUGCGGGAGCGAGCGGAGAAUCUGCGGAGCGGCAAGUCGCACCACCGCGGCGAGGCCGUCCUGCCGCUCAUGCUGGCCAGCUUCAUCUUUGAUGCGCUCUGUCUGCCCAACAACUGUAAUGGCAGUUCCCGGCCAAACAUCCAAGUAAAGGAUCGACAGCCGAACGAUGAGCUGCUGGGAUUCGAGGCUGCUGUCACUGCCCUUGGGCUGAAGGCCAAUGUGAGUGAGGCAGAGCAUGCACUUCUGUGCGAAGGCACCAGGAGGCAGCGUGGAGAGUUGGCACUUGCCAUGCUCUUACACUACAAGGACGACCAGACCAAGCUUAGAAAGAUCUUGAACAAACUGUUGGACAAGAACAGUAACCAGCAGUGUAAGACUGCCUCCUGCUAUCCAUCAGGGGCAGCCAAUCAGAGCCCAGCUCACAGAUCUGGUAGCCAAUCAGGCUCCAGAUCUCCCAGCCAAUCAGGUUCCAGGCCUCCCAGCCAACCAGGGACAGGCUCUCGUCCCUCCAGCCAACCAGGAUCAAGACCACCCAGCCAAUCAGCUGCCCUGGAGCCUGAUAUACCAAAGAAGAAGGAGGUGUCCUCUGCAUCCCCCAAACCAUUGCCGGAGUCCCAGCAGGCAGCAGUUAGGGAGCAAAGGACGACUAGCCCCAAACAGCCUGGGGCUGGAGCGGUCCAAACCAAUGGGGUACAGGGGGUGACAGCCGAGCCAUUGGAGGGGACAACUGCAGCUGCUGUUGGUCCUGCUGCGACACCACCUAGUGGAGCGUUUAGAACUGCAGCUCUUCCAGGCCGCGAGACAAGCACCCCUGAGACCACCGAGCUAAGCGACACCUCCCCCACCCUGGGGCAUCACUCCCUAGGGGGGUGGGGGAAGCAUGCCAGCCCGGGGAGCGACAGUGGCUCCACCAGCGGCAAGUCCAGCGACUCUGUAGCCUCCAGCAGCUCAGGGGACCGAGGGGUGGGGGCCAGGCCCAAGAUGCCGCCCAUAGAGAUGUAUGUACUACCCAGCAUUGCCAUCAGAAGGGGUAAGAAAGGCCGCCACGAGACAGCGGUGCCGACCAUCCCCAACCAUCCCAGCGAGGCCUCGGCACACUACAUGUUUGAGCUGGCCAAGACCGUGCUGACGAAGGCCGGGGGAAACAGCAGCACGUCGCUCUUCACACAGCCGUCAGCCUCCUCCGGACAGCAGGGCCCCCACCGUGCGCUCCACAUGUGUGCGUUUGAGAUCGGCCUGUACGCCCUGGGUCUCCACAACUGUGUCUCCCCAAACUGGCUGUCCAGAACCUACUCCUCACAUGUCUCCUGGAUCACAGGACAAGCCAUGGAGAUCGGUAGUGCUGCCAUCAGCCUGUUGGUGGAACAGUGGGAGGGGCAUCUCACUCCGCCCGAGGUCGCCUCGCUCGCUGACCGCGCCUCACGUGCUCGCGACCACAACAUGGUCCAGGCUGCAGCCCAGCUGGCCCUGUCUGUCCUGCCCCAUGCACACGCCCUGAACCCCAACGAGAUCCAGCGGGCGCUGGUGCAGUGUAAGGAGAUGAACUUUGAGAUGCUGGAGAAGGGAUGUCUCGCUGUGGAGCGGGCGGCUAAGGGAGGAGGCGUGCCCGCAGAGGUGCUGUUUGAGGUUGCCCGUCAGUGGUUCUGGCUGUACGAGAAGUCGCUCAACACCGGGUCCAACCGUAACAACCCCCAGAACCCUAGUGUGGAGCAAGCGUCUUCGGACACGGAGGCCUCCCGCACCCCUCCGGACGUCCCCGCACCCACCGUCGAAAUCAUCCCCUACAGCACCGUCCAGGCCAACGGUGUGGUCGCACCCCUCGAACCCCAUCCCUACCCCUUCCACCCGCCUCCUCCACCCAACCACAUCCACCCCUACCCACAGAUCUACGAGUACAUCCCCCAUCACGCCGUCCCCCCAACCUGUGCCACGUCGAGCCCCUUGAACCCCACCUCCCUCAACCCACAGCCCCACCCCAUCCCACAGACCCAGAUCUACGACCCAGCCCACCCCAUGCCGCCCCACCCGGGUUACUACCAGUACACAUUCCCACGUUUCCCCAUGGUGACCUACUCCACCGGCACCAUGGCACCCACAAGUAUAAACACCAUGCCUGCGACCACCCGACCCUCCUACCGCAGCACCCUCCCCCCACAGUCCCUCCCCAUCUACACCACCCACCACAUCCACACCCGACCCCCCGCCGUCAUCACCUACACCGUCCCCCCUCUGGUCGCAGCACAACCACCCCAACCCCUUGCCACACCCCCUCCCCCCUCCUCCACUUCCCCCCCUGUAGCGCUCCAGCCCCUGCCCCCUCCUAACGCCCAGGGGACAUACUACCUCCACUCGGCGUACCGCGUGGGGAUGCUGGCCAUGGAGAUGCUAGCUAGAAGAGCACACGACGACCGACCUAACACCAAGUUUGCCCGAAAUCCGCCAUACGGGGACAGCGUGAAGUGGCUAUUAGGGCUGGCCAUGAAGCUAGGACAAACGUACCUGCAGCAGUUCUGUGUCAGCGCCGUCAACGGGAUCUUCAACCCGUUCGUGCUUCAGGACAUUGCCAUAGAGGCAGCACACUUCAUGUCGCGCACCAACCACUCCCAGGUGGCUAACAACCUGCGCUCUCCCAUCCUCAGCCCCAUCGUGCAGAAGUGUCUCCAGAUGUACAGACAGUGUCUGCAUCAGAAGCUAUUCCAUAUCACACCGACGGACUACGACGAGUUUGUGGGGAUCGUGCGGACAGCGCGCGGGGCGUUCUGCAUGACCCCCGGCGGGAUGGUGCAGUUCAACGAACUCCUGCAGAGCCUGCGCCGCUCCAAGUCCUGCAAGCGGGAGCUUUGGCAGAGAAUAGUCGCAGGCCUGGCUGCCGGGAAUAUGUAAGGCUGCCCACCCCUCUGGGCAAGUGGUUUUGUCCAGCACCUACUGGUCUGGCUCACUUUGAUUGUGGGGGUGACUGUUCUCAUUACAAUGUGUCUUUUGAUUGUGUAAAUUCUCCCAUUUCUUCCACUGAAAUGUUAUCAGCAGUCCUGAUUUACACAGGCAUUAUGUUGGCACUGCUCUGUACAUAAAUGUCUAGACAUAAAUGUACAUUAUUAAUUUUCAUUGUUCUGUGAUUUCAAUUAAUGAUGAAUUUCUUUAUUUGCUUGUAUCUGCUUGUGAGGAAUGUUUCUAAGAUAUACCUACAAUUUAUACAUUUUGUACAUUAUUAUUAGUUAAGCCCAUUUGCUAUCACUGUUCAUACCAGUGAAGUCCCGGGUUUUAGAAUGAACCCUUAACAGUUUGUGAGGUUAGAUAAUCACACGUUGAACGUUUCAUCAGGUUGGUAGAUCAUCAUGGUUUCUUUGUUACCCAGCCUUGUACAUGCAUUUGUUUCCACCUCUUUGUUUCAGCCAAAGUUUCAACUGCUGCUCUGCUAUCUUUACUAGUGUGAUAUGAACGUUCAAUUUAUUGUGAUGUAAAUUAUCAGAACAGGGAUGUCUUCUGGGACUGAAGGAUACUGCUCCUUACCUCUUUGUGCGUUCUCGAGAGCAUCCUUGUUAUAGGUAUAGAUUACAUCACAACACGACAAGGAGAAAGUUCAUAUACAUGUAGUCCAGAUGAUGAAACAUUGAAAGAGAAAAUUACUGGGUUGUGUUGCAAAAAAACUAUUAUGUACCCAAGUUUAACUGUUUCACUGAUGCCAGCUUGAAGCUGAAUUUUUGUUUUCUUUUGAUCUUUGGCUUAAAAAGAUGCCUUGGUCAUGUGUUAAUGUUGUAUGUGGCUGUUAUGAACAAAAGCCUUUGUUGGAAUUAUUCACCAUUGGAUAUUUGAAAGCCCAAUGUAUUAGUUGAUCUACUAAGUCAUAGGACAACACUAAGAGUUCAAUGUAUGAAAGGUAUACCUACAGUAUCCUGUAUAAUGUCAGGAUCCUUUUUUGUUGAUGGUUCUCUCUGUUUCAUUAUGAUUCAGUAUCACUGAAAUUAAUUACUGUAAGAGGAGUCCAUUCUUAAAAUGGGCUGUAAGAUAGUAAAACAUCAGAACUGAAAGGUCAUUUAAAUGUAUAAAUAUGACCUUUGCAGUGGAAUCCAUUGAAACAUUGAGCUGUGAGAUGUGGUUAAUUGUUAUGUGUUAUGCAGAUCUUGGUCAAACUGCAAGGUGGCACCAUUGUACCAACUUUACUCAGGAAAAUAUAAAAAAAGAUCAGGAAGGGGAGACAAGUUACAAGGCGCCACUUUCCCGUGUGACUAAAUUUGCACAAUAAUCACCCUAGUUGACAUUAAGAGAUCGUUGGUAUAGCGUUAAGAGAGAAACACACUGAACUGAAUUACACAGAUACAACCUAAGUUUUCCAAUGGGUGAAGGCGAAAAAAAAGUGUGACUUGAUGUAAAAAAAAGAAUUUUUCUAUCGGUGUACUGUUGACAGUGAGUGUUGGCUGUGUGUGUGAGUUGUUAGUGUAGAGUCCUGUGCAUGUGAUGUUAGAAUAGCAUGUUCUGCAUGAUCUAGACUUGGCCCGUGUUUUGCAGUAGACGUAGCGAUGCAGAUAUACAUGUUGACUUCCAUGUUUGUUCCUGAGGUUGAGAAAGGAAUGCAAGGUUCUGAAAUGUGCACCGUCUUCAUACUGUCCCUCUUCUCAUUCUCAAGUACCCAUUUCAUUGCAUCAUUCCUCCAUUUUUACUUGGUACAAACUUGCAUAAAGAAAUUUUUAGUGCUUAGACAAAUUUACAGUCUAUUCGUCUGUACCUGAAAGGUUGUGUUCAAGUGGCUCUGAAGUGUGCGCAUCCAGUAGUGUAGACUGGAUCUAACACGUAAAGUAGUACAGAUACUACUGAUUUUUUUUCUUCUUUGUUUCGGCUUCCACUUUGUUUUUCCAGCUUAACUCAUGUUCUAUGCAUCGCCACAUUGCCUUUCAUGUCCAAACUGUCCCCCACCAUUGGCACAAAUGGCACAUAUGGACAAAACAUCGUCUAUGUCUUUGUUACUGUUUGUCUCUUGUGGCUUGAGCAAUGCUUUGAUAAAAGUUGCCUGCCACUAGGUGGCACCUAGAAUACUAUAAACAACCCCACUUUCAAGUAUCACACUUUGUUGUUGGUACAAGUAACACUUGUGUCACAUUUGAUGAUGUCUUGACUUGUAUACCCAAGAGUGAACUUGACUUAUACUUUGGUAUUGUUGAUUUUGUACAUAGAGAUAUUCUUCUACCAACAACAGAAACCAGAGAACUCUUGGUUAGACCCGUGCCUGUCAUUCAGUGUGGCUUCAUUCAACUUCAUUGACACUUCAUAAGUUGUACAUAAACACCAGAAGGUGAAAAAGACCUUCUGCUGAAUCAGCAGAAUCAUCUCUGAAAAGUAGAUAUCACAAAAAGUUGUGUACUUCAAGAUUGGAUAUGUUCUUGUUAAUGUUAUGGUUCCCCCAUGCAUGGUUUAUUAUGGUCUGUUAACGUGAACCAAAUAUCAUGUACAAUUUGUCUGUAUGUUCACCACCAAACAUGCAUGGAAUUUGGAUUAUGUACAUUGUUAUUCCAUUUGUUACACAUGCAUGAUUUUAUUGAUGUUCAGAUUGAUAUGGAAUAGCCACAUUGUUACAUGCCAUUCAGGAAUGAAUCUUUCAUCAAUGGUUUUCAUCAUUCACAAACCAUUUGUAGAUGUUCUCAUGGUAAUGUAUGAACAACAAUUCUUCCUGACACAGAAGUGUACGUGACCAUUUUAGGUCAUCCAUUCCAGAUUGCUGUAAAUGCCAGAGGAGGAGAGUCUGUUGAACUUUAGAGUGAUUUGUAGAUGAUUUGCAUACAGAACUGUCCUGAUUUUUGUGAUUCCAGAGUCCAAAGUGGUGGUGAAAAGGGUAGAGACAGAAGUAGGUAUGUUGUAGAACAGAAAAUCUAGUGUAUUAGAGGGAGAAAAAUGAGGAGAAAAAACUUUCUGUAGGAAAAAGUGUUCUUUUUACAGAUAUCAAUUGUCACAAUAAAUUAUUUGGCCGUUGGUCUA